UCGGUCUUUCGUAUAAAUAGUUUGCCGUUGAGCCUCUUCAGGCAGAAGCUACUCGCUCGCUCUUGGAGUAACAGAUCGCAGUUGUUGUCAUCAUGAAAUUCCUGGUUGUUGCCUUUGCCGUUCUGGCCUGCGCCUAUGGCGAUGUUUCCCAUUUGGGUUACGACUACUCUCCUCCGGCUCCGGUUUACCAGCCAGCUCCUGCUCCGGUCUACCAUCAUGCUCCGGCUCCCGCUCCAAUUGAGAUCCCAGCACCCAUCAGCAUCCCAGCUCCGGCUCCAGUGUACCACUCAGCCCCAGCUCCCGCUCCCAUCAGGGUCCAAGCUCCUGCUCCAGCUCCGGUCUACCACCCAGCUCCUGCUCCCAUCAGCAUCCCAGCUCCCGCUCCCAUCAGCAUCCCAGCUCCCAUUGAGAUCCCUGCCCCUGCCCCAGUGAACACCUACAUUCCCCCGGCACCAGCACCAGCUCCUGUGUAUCACCCAGCUCCUGCUCCAGCUCCGGUUUACCACCCAGCCCCUGCUCCCAUUCCCGUGAGCAUCCCGGCUCCUGCCCCGGUUUACCACCCAGCUCCAGCUCCAGCUCCCGCUCCAGUUGUGAUCUCUGCUCCUGCCCCGGCUCCAGUUGAGAUCCCAGCUCCCGCUCCAGUGGUGAUCCCUGCUCCCGCUCCAGUGAGGACCUAUGUGCCCCCAGCACCAAUCAGCAUCCCAGCUCCAGCUCCAGUCUACCACCCAGCUCCUGCUCCAGCUCCAGUUUACCACCCAGCUCCUGCUCCAGCUCCAGCUCCAGUUUACCACCCAGCUCCUGCUCCAGCUCCAGUCUACCAUCCAGCUCCCGCUCCCGUCUACCAGCCCACCAACACCCAAGUUCUGGAGGAGAUCGAGCCCGUGUCCAACGAUGGAUACCGCUACAAGACCGUGCGUCGUCGCGUCUACCGUCACCGCAUCUAGAAACCUACCAAAGCCCAAUACGAAAAACUGUUUCCUAACGAAUUCCCACGAGGGGAGUCGUAAUAAAAAAUGUUCGCCUUCAAUUUGUUAAACAAAAAGAAAA